UUAAUAUUUCCCCCACUUCCUGUUAGCUUGGAAUAGAAAGCGGGCGGUCGGUUAGUAGAAUUACUGAUGUAUUUGAGUAAACGCGCUGCAUAAUAUUCCACGAACGUGCCUUUCUGGAGUUCAUAAGAUUCUCAAUUAGGAGACAAACAUGAUCCGCUUCAUCCUGAUCCAGAACCGAGCCGGCAAAACCCGACUGGCCAAAUGGUACAUGCAGUUUGAUGACGAUGAGAAGCAAAAGUUGAUUGAAGAGGUGCACGCAGUGGUAACUGUCAGAGAUGCCAAGCACACCAACUUUGUGGAGUUCCGAAACUUCAAGAUCAUCUACAGACGAUAUGCUGGCCUUUACUUCUGCAUUUGUGUUGACGUGACUGAUAAUAACCUGGCUUAUCUCGAGGGAAUACACAAUUUUGUAGAGGUGCUCAAUGAGUACUUUCACAACGUGUGUGAAUUGGACCUUGUCUUCAACUUCUACAAGGUUUACACGGUGGUGGACGAGAUGUUCCUUGCCGGUGAGAUUAGGGAGACCAGUCAGACCAAGGUCCUCAAGCAGCUCCUCAUGCUCCAGUCCCUUGAAUAGACAACUGACAUCUUCCUCACUUCCCUCCCAUGGAUUCAUGGAGGGGAGUUCAUAGACCUUGAAUUUCUUAGUGAUAUUUUGGGUGUGUUGCACUGCUUGUAACCCCCAAUAUGAAAUUUGAAUUUGAGAAGUGAAGUGAGUCAUCUCUUCCAGUCACUUGACAACAGUGUAUUUGCAUCCAUUUCCUCCCAAUUAACCUUCAUCUCAGAGCACUACUGUCAUGAACAAGCACCAUCAUAAUCAGUGUACCCAGCACUUGUGAUUUUUAAAACCUACCACUGAUGUCAUAUCAUACUCAUGUGACUUUUACACGUGGCUCACCAUUAACUUUAAUUCGGAGGCCCUUCAGAGUGGCUCCAAUGAGCAUACUUCAAAUGUGUGUGAUGACAACCUGUCGUGUCACAAGAUGGCCGCCUCAUUACAAUGGCAUUUCAAAUGUAGGCUACUACUCGACAAUAAUGACAUGGUGCUUGUCACACGUUUUACAAUGCAGUACUGUGAUGUGUGCGUAGUAUGGUUUGUGCAUAAGUAUAUGUGUAACUUAACAUAAUUGUUGACUAUGAAAUGAAGCAUUCAUUCCAGAGCACACUACACGUGCCUCAAACAGUAUUUACUCGUUUGAUAAAUGUCAGUUACUUAUUGGCUUCUUAAAACCAACAGCAGCAGCUACUUUGCUUGUGAAACCACCUCUCAUAGCCUAAUAUUGACCAUAUUCAAAGGUGGUUUCUGAUGUUCAUCUUUUUAUUUUUUUGUCAAUUUGUGAAAUUUGUACUGCUUCCCUUAUUGUCCAUCUGUUUUUUUUUUAAACAUUGCUGUCUCCCAGCUCAAAUAAACAUCCCAAUAUAUGUAAAUAAAAAUAUG